GUUGCAUUUCACGGCACGCUUCCACGCUUGUGUUGCGAACUUCGCGUUUGCGUUUUGAUUUUGAAGUACUUGUUUUGUGAAGUUUGUAUUUUGUCUGCGUCAUUUGAGUAUACUUUUCGGUUUGAAUACUUUGAAAUUGAGUUAAUGAAACCUACGGUUAAUUUUAACGAUAUAUAAAGUGAAUACACCUGUUUUACGACUUUAAACUAACUUUGUUUGACUUUGAAAUGUGAUAACGUUGGUGCCUUUCAAGUUUUGUGGAACGUCAAAGUUUACGAAGUGAUAGUUUUUUAUUGUUCUCUUAAAUUUAAUAUGUGUGAACACGUUUUUGUAGUGAUCGCCAGGAUUACAUGAAUAAGUUUGCCAUCAGAUAUGAUGGCGUAGUCCCACUGUUGGAGAAACUACUGUAUUGUUCAACGUGGACUUGAUGAGGUGACAAGAUGGACGCGGCGGACAAGCGCAUGUUGGAGCGCGAGGCGCUCCGCAACAUGAUCCAGCAGUGGAACGCCAACCGGCUCGACCUCUUCGAGCUCAGCGAGCCCAAUGAGAAUCUGGAGUUUCACGGCGUGAUGCGUUUCUACUUCCAAGACUCUGGCCAGAAGAUCGCCACCAAGUGCAUAAGGGUCGCCUCCGACGCUACGGUCAGCGAUGUCAUAGAAACGCUGAUCGAGAAGUUCCGUCCGGACAUGCGCAUGCUGUCACUGGGGUCGUACUCGCUGUGGGAGACGCACGGGCCCGACGACGAGCGCCGCCUCGAGCCCCACGAGAAGCCGUUGCUGGUGCAACUCAACUGGCACGCGGACGACAGAGAGGGGAGAUUCCUGCUCAAGUGUCUCACCAACAAUGAAGUUCCAAUAUCGGCUGCGAACGACAAAGGCGAUCAGAACUUCAAGCGGAAACUGUCGAAGCGAGAGAAGAAAGAGUUGAAGAAGAAAGAGAAGCUGUCUAGACUGAAAUCCGACACCAACGACGAGAAUCGACCCGUGGCUGAGAAACUUUAUACAGAAUUGCCCGAGACCUCGUUCACGCGAAGCAUCAGCAACCCCGAGGCGGUGAUGCGGCGCCGCAGACAACAGAAGCUCGAGAGGAAACUGCAACAGUUCCGGUCCAAAGAUGGCGGCCCUGACACUGGCGGUACUCUGAAGAUCUACGGGUCCUCGCUGUGCCCGGACGUGCCGUACAAGACGCUGCUGGUGUCGGUGCGCGACUCGGCGGCGGGCGUGCUGCGCGAGAUGCUGGACAAGUACGGCCUGGCCCGCCACGAGCCGCGCCACUACUGUCUCGUGCAGGUGGACACGCGGGACAACUCGGAGUACGUGCUGGAGGACGACGAGUGUCCACUCGCCAUUGUCAUGACACAUCACAAUCGAGGCUCCAUCAUGUUCCACGUGCGGCGGCGGCCGGCGGACACGCAGCCGCGGCGGCGCAAGAAGAAGGCAGGCUCCAGCGUCUCCAGCGGGGGACGACCUGGGAACGAUCCUGCCUUGGUAGAGGUCGCCCCAGAUGGUUCUAAUGUCGAAAACGGUCGCCGGCUGCGUAUCACGGAUGUUGUUGAGGUGGGCUCCGGCAACGGCACGGCGCUCCAGUUAUACGGGCCCUCCAUCCAGUCCCGACACUGCGUGAUAGCGCCGGCUGAAGGCGGCGGCUACACCGUCACGCCGCUACAUACCGACGCGCACGUCUACGUCAACGGACGGCGCACCAUGCAUUCACAACGACUACAGCACGGCUGCCUACUGAAAUUCGGUCGGGUGUCGACGUUCCGCUUCGUGGACCCUGCGCAAGAGACGAUACUGAACAGGAACCUGUCACAAUCACAGCACUUCGGCUCGGGCUCCAUAUAUGACAGAUCGCCGACGUCGGCCGAGAGCGGCGCCUUGUCCCCCACGUCCAUGACGUCACACCAGCCAGACCUCGUCGACUCCAACGCCAACACCACCAAUGAUACAGACUAUAACAGAACCAUGAGUCCCGUGUCUCACGACGCUUACUACAACCAAAACGAUACACCGUACAACAAUAACACGUUGAAGCUAGACAACGAAUCGUUGAUGAUGUCGCAACAUCUGAACGACACCAAAGACGAUUACAGAGAAGAGCAGUCGAUGUAUAACGAACAGGAGCAAGCGCAGAAUAGGACGACAGGAUCGCAGUAUAAGGAUAACUAUGAGACGACGUUCGACUUGGAGGGGAACGUGGAGACGAAGAGCAUUUGCAGCGCGAAGAGUGGAGGAUCUGGUCACGACAACAGCAGAAUGGGCAUGGGCACCCUGUCGUCGGCGCGGCCCGGGGCGGAGGCCAUCCUGCCGGCCGUGCUGGAGUUCCCGGAGGCGGGCCAGCCGCAGUUCCUGGCGCACGUCAUCACCAGGCUCGACCCGCACGCGCCCGCAUUCAAACUGGCGCCCGUCUACACACUGUAUCUAUGUGCUAGAUACCGCGCGUCGACGCACUACCGGCCGGAGCUGACGCCGACGGAGCGCGCGCACAAGCUGACCGCGUUCCUGCAUCACGUCGCCACACUCAUACACACCACUGUACAGGAGCGAUGCACGGACUCAGCUGCGCAAGCGUUCUGGAUGGCGAACGCGAGCGAACUACUCCACUUCCUGAAGUGCGACCGGCACAUCUCAUCGUUCUCCACUCAAGCGCAGGAUUUACUGCCAAGCACUGUACAGAACGCUUUCAGCAACCUAGUGUCGUGCUUCCAAGAAGAGCUGUCGCGGGCACUGUCCACCCUGACGAACCCAGCCGUGGGUGACCCCAACGAGGCGACCGGCCCCACGGUGCAAGUGCUGGCAUCGGCGAUGGUGCUGCUGCGGCGGUGUAGGGUCAACGCGGCACUCACUAUACAGCUCUUCUCUCAUCUAUUCCAUUACAUCAACGCUGUGUGCUUUAAUAAGCUCGUAACAGAGCCAGGUGCCGUGAGCGGCCGCUGGGGCUCCGCCCUCGCGGCCAGACUGGCGCUGCUGGCGGCCUGGGCCGAGAGACAGGGGCUGGAGCUGGCUGCUGACUGUCAUCUGGCCAGGACACAUCAAGCUGCCCGCCUCAUCCAGGGCAGCUACCGCACCGCGGAGGAGGCCCGCGCAGCAUUAUCGGCGUGUUUCAAGCUGAACUCUGUCCAAGUGCGAGCGCUGCUGUCCGCGACCUCGUCCGCGGACGUCGUGCAGGCGGCCGUCGCGCAUGCGCGGGCGCUAGCUGACGAACUGUGCCGCGCCGACGGCAGAGAGAUCCGACUAGAAGAAAGCACAUGGCUCGGCGCCGCCCUGCUAAUCCCCGGCGACGGAUUUAGCGCCGAAGUGGUCCGCGGAGUGCCCCCGGGCUUAGCGGAGUUUGUGGCGCCCCUCCAGAGGGGGGGCCUCUGCCGCCUCGCGCACCAGCCGCACGCCGUCGGCGUGUGGACCGUGUACCUGGCCGGCUACGGCAUGCCUCGGAGAACACCUGACCCCAGGGUCCAGGUGAUACAGCUGCAUAAGAACGCGAAUGGAAUGGGCCUCAGUAUCGUUGCUGCCAAGGGCGCGGGUCAGAGCAAGCUGGGCAUUUACAUAAAGUCAGUGGUGCCGGGCGGCGCCGCCGCGCUGGACGGCCGGCUGGCGGCCGGCGACCAGCUGCUGUCCGUCGACGGACAGUCGCUGCGCGGCAUCACGCAGGAGAAGGCUGCGGAAUACCUAGUACGAACGGGGCCGACAGUGACGUUAGAGAUCGCCAAACAAGGCGCCGUGUUACACGGACUGGCGACCCUGCUGCACCAGCCCGCUACCACGCCGGAACAUAAACCAGCCCCUGGUGCGGCGACGGGCGCGACAGCGCUGCGCAGGGCGUCGGAGCGGGACCUGCCGUCGCGGCUGGCGGCGGAGCCCGUCAAGCCUAGCAAGAGCACCCCGGCGCUGCAUCAGCAUCUCAAUAGCGCAACACUGAGCCCGACCCCGUCGGCCGCGACCGUGGGCCCAGCAGUGGGCACGGGCAGCGUGGGCAACGUGGGCAUGGCCGCCAGCGCCGCAUGGGCCGGCAAGUCCCGCAGCAGCCACAACCUGGCGCACGACGCCUUCUACCAGAACCUGCCCGGACACAACCACGCGCUGCAGGACCGAUGGUCGUCGCUGCGUAGCUCCAACGGCAGCAACCGACCGCAGUCUGCGCAUUACUCCGCGGGCGACCAGCAGCCGGACUCCCCGGUACACAGCCAGCAGAACAAGCAAGCAAUGAGCGCGCGCGCAGCCAAGCUGGCGGAGAUGUCGGAGGAGGUGUCGCGGCGUCAGCAGCCCCCCCCCCACUACCAGCCCAUACAGCAGAAACCCCCGCUGCUGCCGCACCACCAUGUCGGACAACAGGGCCCGAUGAGUCCAACGCAGAUGCACAUGCAUAACCAGCAUUAUGCGCAACAGGGCCCCAUGUCACCUGGCCCAAUGUCGCCGGGGCCCAUGUCCCCGCUGUCCCCGGGCCAAGGACCCGCGGGCCCCAACAUGCAACACUACCACAAUCACAAUCAAAAUCCGCCUCAAAGGUACGAGUGGCACCAGGCCGGACCGCCUUCGCCGCAACGAUCACAACCGCCCGUAGCUCCUAAACCACAGCAAAACAUGAGACGACCGGAGACAGAGACGGACGACCGCGAGCUGGAGCAGGUGCAGCAGACGAACAACUUGCAGCACGCGCACGCCAACAACGCGCAUCAGGCGAACAACUCCGUGCAACCAGACGAUGAGCGGUACGUAGCGAGCGCACUGGAGCCCCCCGCGGUGGCAGUGUACGGCGUGGGGGCAGCGGCGGGCGGGGGGGGGCGACCGGCGCCCGCGCACAACCCGUGGCAGCGCGAGGAGCGCGAGCGGCAGCUGGAGGCGCGGCGUCAGGCCAACCGCGCGCGCAGAGACGCGACGAUAGCGCAGCUGCUGUCGCUGGGGGCCGCGCGCUCCGCCGUGCAGAGCCAGCAGCUGCGGGCGCUGCAGCUCGAGCGGGAGUUCGAGAGGAGAGCCACGCAGCACCAACAGGAGGACAACAACGCAGCGGAAGGCGUAGAGGCGCCGCCCUCGCCGCCGCCCUCCCCCGCCACGCACCCCCCGCCCAAGUCCAUACUCAAGGUCAACACCAGGCAAGACGUCAACGGAUAUCCUCCAGAAAUGCCGGCACCGCAGCAGCAGCAGCAGCAGCAGCAGCAGCAGCAGCCGCUGGAGGAGACGGGCGCGGCGGAGCUGUCGAGCAGCCUGAGCCAGAUGUCGGUGGCCCCGCCCCCCCCGCCGCCGCCGGCGCGCGGCUCCUCGUUCGCGGCGAUGGCGGGCCGCGCGCGCGCGCUGUCCCCCCCCCUCGCCCUCGCCCCCGCCGACGCUGCGCACGCGCAACCUCCGCAAUCACCAAGCUCAACACGCGACAAACGCGUGUCCUUCCACGAGCGCGCGGCCCCGUCCCCCUCCCCCUCCCCCUCCCCCGCCGCCGCCGCCGCCGCCCCUCCCCCCUCGCAGGCCUCCGCCCCGCCCGCGCCGCCCAGCAGCUCCCCGCCGCCGCUGGAGCCCGAACACCAACACUACUCGCACACACCACAGAGGGAAGAUCCUGACCGCUUCAUCGAAGAAGCGGCGAGCAUGCUAUCGUCCCCCCCCUCCCCCCCCUCAGCCGCGCCGCACUUGCUGUCUCUGUCGCACACGCCCGGCGUCAUCGGCGCGCAGGAGGUGUACAGAGACCCGCGCGCGCGGCGGCUGGCGGCGCAGCGCGCGAGCGAGGUCGCGGGCGCGCUGCCGGAGCAGCUCUCCUUCAAGGAGAAGAUGAAGAUGUUCGCGCUCGAGUCCGGCGAGAACUCCACGCCCAAGGACAAGGUGAAAAUAUCUCGGGCACAACGCGACAUCGACGCUGUACAUUGAUCCCGUGCUCCGAACUCACGACUACGAGAUUCUGCUUCUCUUGAUUGUAAUAUAUCGUGUAAUAUUGUCAGUAUUACCACAAACGACCGAACUAUUCGCGCGCAUUCUUGGAAUAUUCGAAUAAAAUAAUGUGCAAACGUUUGCUUCAACCAAAAUCCUACCCGCAAGGACUUUGUUGUAAAAAUAUUAUAUUAUAUACUCGCAAUUUUUAUUAAUUUUAUAAUGAAUAUUACGGGAUUGUAAUUGUAAGAUUGUGGUCUAAUGGAGUGUCAAUAAAAUGGACGUGGUUAGAAGUCCUAGGUUUAUUUAAUACUAUUCCAUCCGCCUCGAAACUGACAACGCCCGCGUCGCGUGAGAACUUGCCUUGUCUAGCACCAAUAUACACGACAUCGUAGAAAUAAGAAAUUUAUUCGAACGAUUAUAUUUUUAUAGAUUUUAAGCAAUGUUUACAUUCGCCUUAGCAGCUAAUACAAUUUAUUGUGACUGGUCGCUGCCAGAUACAUAUUGUAUAUUUUUAUUUGGUUAUAUUCCAAAUUGAAAUAUAUUUAUAGGCGAAGGAGCGUGGCACGUUUGAAAUUGUCUAUUUUUUCUAAAUUUGUGUACGUGCCAUUUUCAUGAUAUGCAGCUAUAUCACUCGCGUUUUUUUGUACUACUUAUAUAGAGAUUUAAUUCUAGAGGACCAAUAUACAGAUAUGUCGGCGGGUGCCUUCGCGUGGACCUUAUUGAUAAAUAUUACAUAUCGCUGAAUACAUAUUUCUCUUACCUUUAAGCUUCGACACAUUCCAAAGAAUAUUUCUUUAUUCGAGUUCUAUAUUAAGAAGCAUUCCUAUUCUUGAGCCAUAAAAUGUGUAUAACACAUCAGUUAUGAUCGUUCUAUUUUAGUCUUUGAUUCUUGAAACAUCAACAGAUAGCAAUAAAACUUUGUUACGCCCUCGUUGUAUAUAAAUAUAAUUAUAUUAAUUUUAUUAGCACAUGUUCGUGCCAAAUGUUUGUGGCAAAUGGGAUUUUGAUAUCGAAUGAUAUACUUAACAUCUACACAAUGUAAGGUCACAAUACCGGACGGCCUGCACUCUGCAUGUUACAACAGCAGGACAUAACUCAGGUAGCACCCCCCACGGAUAUAGCAUAAUGAAUUAAUUUCUUUGGGUUCACUGAUACUAAAAUAUUGUAAAUUGCCAUAUCAGCUCGUUUUGUCAACAAAAGUUGUAAAUUGGACACGAAUCGACCACUUUGUCAAUUUCAGCUAUUAUUUGGGUAAAAUAAGAUUUUGCUUUUAAUUUUACUUUAAAUAAAUUCAUAAAAAAAGACUAUGUUAUGCAAAUUGCAACACACCUAUAAGAAGUUAAAAAUGCAAAUAAAUUGACACUUUCGCAUGUAAACGUUUUAAUAACUUGACAAAUUGAGAAGUGGUCGAUUCGCGUCCGAUAUUUUGAGAAGUUGACAAGUUGGCUGUGAACAAUACACAUAGUACUAGUGUAGGAUUGUGGCUCACCCAUGCAGAGUGGAGACUCUUCACUUUAGUAGCUCUAGUUAAGAUCACGUGGCACCAAUUUAUUGUAUAUAAUGUAGGUAGUGAAUUCCUUAUCGUUAAAUUAAGGUUUUUGUAUACCUGUUUCUAUAUGUAAAUGUUUAUUUAAAGAUUAUAUCGAGCGUUGACAGACGAAAAUAGUGGCCUAUUUGAACAUAGACUUAGUUUAGUUUCUGGGAAUCAUUCCGCGCAUUCCCAGCAUUCACCCAACGAUAGUCAAUUAGCUAAACAUUGAGAUUUAUUUGUAGAGUGGAGUUUUAGCAUGUUAUGCUUAGUUAGUACACUACUCCACCUUAUGAAUACUUAAUAUAAUUGAUAUAGUUAUACACGAAUUACUUGUAUCGUUAUUAACAUUAAUUAUUGUACUUCAUUUCCUUACAAAAAUAAAGUAACAUUUUAAA